AUGAGGUUCUACUUUAGUUAUGGUGCAAUCUGGGGAAUUCACGCAGCAGCGAAUUCAGUCGCAUUGGGACUCUUCUACAGUCUUUAUGUCCGCUGGACAUGGAUUGCGGAUAAGUUUUAUGGAAAGAAAACAUUUGACCGAGGGUUUGGAAAUCUGGCGGGGCAAAUUAUUGUGCCUUUGAUCAUGAUCGCGUGCAUUGUCGCGGCAGUGUGGGGAUAUUUAUGGAUUUGGAUUGUAUUUAUGCUGUUUGUGUUUGUAUUGUGGGUCAUCGCACUGGUAGACUUGACCAAGCACCGAAAAAGCCCAAGCUCUCGACAAAGACGAACAAUCAUCCUCAGUGCUGAAGACUGGAAGUAUGGGAGUUCACCGUACGUUACGAGCCACGGUCAGCUCGACAGGAUGCUCGUCUUGUUGAUUGUGGUCAUGACAAUCGUCCUCGGAAAAAAUGUGGCAGAAUUUGUGGGCUUCAUUUGCUUAACGUGGUAUUUCGCGUCGCCUGUUCACUUUUACUUGAGCAUUGUGCCGGAGAUUGCAUUUGCGGUGAUUCUUGCAUCGCCAGAAGCCCUAGCAAUGUUUGAGCCUGAGCGGCACCUGCCUGGUCAUCAUGUGCCUGAAAUGCGUGAAGCCAAUCCAUUCGAACCGUGA